AUGGCAGAGCGCACUAUCCUGCGUAAAGACCAGCUGGAAAUCAGCUUACACAAUGAGAAAAAGUUGAUCAAAGAAGGUGCUAUCAAGGAUGAUAACCCGUUGGACCUCAGUGAGCCUUUUCGGGAACUUUGCAGUGCUUGCCGUAAGGGAGACCUGAAGGUCUGCCAGGAAAAGAUCACUGAAGGGGUCAAUGUUAAUGCCCGUGACCCAUAUGACUAUACUCCUCUGAUCCUAGCAAGUCUUUGUGGGCACUAUGAAGUAGCACAGUUAUUGUUGGAAUCAGGCUCGCUUUGUGAACGGGAUACAUUCCAAGGCGAAAGAUGUCUAUAUAAUGCCUUGAAUGAUCGUAUCCGCAGACUCCUCCUUGAAUAUGACUAUUCUAAGUCAACUGAUCCUAUACAACCUCUCGCUGCACAUACAUCCUCACUUCUUACUCGAGAAGUUCCCAUAACAUCCGAUAUUGUGGUGACAGCGUCUGAUGAAUCACUCCAAUUGCACAAAUUCAUUCUGGCGGCCCGAUCUCCAUAUUUCCGUAGAAAGCUAGAAACAGCUACGGAAACCAAAGCAUGGAAACUCCCCAGCAGUAUCCCCCCUGAGGCAUUCCGUGCUGCGAUAAAAUAUCUAUACUUGGGCGAAGCUCCACGAGAUCUACGGAACGGUCCAGGAACUGAAUUCUCAGAGUCAGAAGUUUUUGCUGGAGUCGAUAAGAUUGCUAAGUAUCUGGAGAUUUCAAGCCUGAUGGAUAGUAUCCUCGACAGUGGAGACAGAAGACUUGCUAGACAACGGAGGACCGUCGAGCUUGGCAGGGGCCGAGAUCAACUAGAGGAGUGGUUUCGCAAGAACGUGCUUGGGAACAAGAUCGUCGUGGAUAAAUCAAACGCAAAUGAGGUGAAGUGGGAUCAAAACAAUUCGAUUUUUGCAGAUGUCCUGCUUCAAGCUGAUCAACUCCCGGAAGAAACCGAGAAAGGCGAUGUACCGAAAUCGGUCUUGUUCCCAUGCCACCGAGCAAUGCUGCUUCGUUCCGAGUUUUUCCAAAUCAUGUUCACAUCUUCAUUUCGCGAGGCUCAUAUCAAGGACCAACUGCAUGUUAUCAAUGUGGAUUGCUCGCCCGAAGUGUUGGAGAUCAUGCUCACUUUCUUGUAUACCGAGCGAGCUGAUUUCCCACUUUAUAUAGCGGUUGACGUUCUGUUCGCUGCCGACAUGCUUUUUAUUGAGAAGCUAAAGACCAAGGCCGCCGUCGUCAUCAGUACGCUAGGAAGUGGUGGCGUAUCACAGUCCCGGGCGGCAAAGACUCGAGGGAAGGACGAGGAUGAUAUCGAUAUCUAUGAGAUCAUGAGGGCCGCAUGGACGACGCGUGUCCAGCGUCUAGAAGAGUUCUGCGCUCGAUUCUUUGCAUAUCGGUUAGAGGCUCACAUAGAUACACCGGAAUUUGCCGAACUAAUUCAGGAGUCUGCGGCGCGUAUCCAAGCACGACAAGAGACCGACUCAAUUGAACUGCUGGACGACAUCCGCUUCUAUCUCAAUGAACGCUUCCGACUGCGAUUUGACGAUGCCGGUCUCGAAGGAAUGAUGGAUCAGCAGACUCCGGCUGAAGAUGGUGAGUUGGGUGCUUCAUCGGAUGAUAUGACGAAAAUCGUUGAAGGCGUGGAAGCGCUGGAUGUCUCGGUUGCUAGUGACAUCAUUCCUGAAGACAAGACUCAGCUAUCUCAUAGUUAUACUCGAGAAAUUCGGACUUUGGAUGGCGUCGUCGUCGAGGAUGAGUUCUCCGAAGACGCUAUGAACUACCAGAUCUUGAUGGAUAAGCUAGAUGAUCUUCUCGAGAGGUUGAACCUGGACGCUUAG